AUGUUGCUCAGACCCCUGCUCGCGUUCUGCUCGACGGCGUUCGCUCUAGCUGCUGCUGCCCCCGCUGCCAUCCAGGGCGACCAGCAGACACUCGUGUUGGCGAGGGCCGAUGCCAACUCGACCGCCGGCAGCACCGCGCUCGCGACGGAGCGAGGACCUUCCAAGGUGUUUAGCGUGCCUCCGAGCAUCAUAGUCCCCAAGGUCAAGAACGUCCAGGUGGGCGAAAGGCCUUACUUCCUCGUCAGCAACAUGACUGAUUCGCCGCUCAAGAAGCGCCUCGAAUCGUGCUCCGAGGACCCGCUGCGCGUCACCCAGUUCUCGAUCUCGCACCGCGGCGCUGCGCUCCAGUUCCCGGAGCACACGGUGCAGGGCGUCCACGCCGCCGCUCGUCAGGGUGCAGGCGUGAUCGAGUGCGAUGCCAGCUUCACAAAGGACCGCAAACUCGUCUGCCGACACUCGCAGUGCGACCUGCACACCUCGACCAACAUCCUCGCCAUCCCAGAGCUGGCGGCCAAGUGCAAUCAGACGUUUGUGCCGGCGUCGGGAAACAAGCCCGCCAGCGCCCAGUGCUGUACCUCGGACAUCACGCUGGCCGAGUUCAAGAGCCUUUGCGGCAAGCAGGACGGCUUCAACGCCUCGGCCACCCGUCCCGAGGAUUUCCUCUACGGAACGCCCGCCUGGCGCACCGAGCUGUACGACACGUGCGGCGAGCUCAUGACGCACCAGGACUACAUCCGCGAGGUGGAUGCGCUCGGGCUGAGCUUCACCACUGAGGCCAAGGCGCCCGUCGUCGCCAUGCCGUUCCAGGGCGAGUACACGCAGGACGAGUUCCUGGACCAGAUCGUCGACGAGUUCAAGCAGGCCAACGUGCACCCUUCGCGCGUGUGGCUGCAGUCUUUCCGCCUAUCGGACGUCGUCUACUGGGUGCAGAAGCACCCGGACUUUGGACGCCAGGCCAUCUUCCUCGACGAGCGUACCGACACGCCCGAGGGGCUCGUCAACGCCACAGCGCUCUCGACGAUGCAGUCGAUCGCGGCGCAGGGCGUGCAGAUUAUCGCGCCGGCGUUUCCCUGGCUGCUGACCGUCGACAACGCCACCAACGAGAUUGUGCCGUCCGAGUACGCCAAGAAUGCCAAAGAGGCCGGGCUCAAGAUCAUUACGUGGAGCCUGGAGCGAUCCGGCCCGCUGGCCAAGGUGGCGUCGGGCAAGGACUACUACUACACGACGCUCUGGAGCGUCAUCAAGAGCGACGGGCAGCUGAUGGACGUCGUCCACGCCCUCGCAUCCAAGGUCAAGGUGCUCGGCAUGUUCUCCGACUGGCCCGCCACUGUCACCUACUACGCCAACUGCUUUGGCCUGCUCGGCGGGUACCAGGAUCCCGACCGCAACUGA